GCCCUCGACGAUAGCGUCCUUCCUUGUUCGGAAUGGAUGUGUCUCCAGAUUGCAUCACAUCACAUCCACGCCACUGCCCCCCCUUCACGGUCCUGUCUGCAGACGCAUCACCUCGAUCUCAUCGGCAAGCAUUGAUUCCGUCCGCCUCCCCCACAUGACCUGCACCUGGCACCGCUCUGGAACCAACCCCUGUGCCGGCGCUGGAUCAGGCGCCCACAGCCCCAGCCCUUCUUCGAUGCGCGCCCCGCGUGUGACCGGCGGCCCCACCAAUAGCUUGGUCUCGGUCAAUAUGGUCGGUCGUGAGACCGUGACAUACUGCAACGUGAGGGAUGCGGAUUGGAAGACGGGCUGUGAGGGACCGGAGGCCUUGAAGACGAGGGCGCCUACCGAAUACUGGUUGAAGGUGGGCGCAUCUGGCAGCUGGGGGGGCGGUAGCAGGCUGCCGCUGAUGAAGCAGCCGUUAACGGAGCCAUUCGCCGCUCGGAUAAGGAUCAGCAAGCGGCCCGCAUCGUCCACAUGAUUGAGCAUGUCGGCGAACCCAUAACCGUGCUCAGACGCCCUGCAGGAAAUGAAAAGAAUAUGGCAGACCCACAGUUGGUGUAUCUUUUACUUGUAGAGCAGUUGGGUGCCUGUAAUGUCUUUGCCCGUCGUCUGCAGUAUGGCCAUCAGCUGAGCGGCGGAUGUGAUCACAGAGGGACUGGGGAUGCACGGCCCAUCACCAUACAGCUUGAGCAUAGGCUCCAUCGCCAGACCGUGUCGCUGCAUGGCCGCCAUGAGUGGUGCCUUCAGCCGUCGAGGAGCAUACGGGGGGUCGACGACAGUCAUGAGGGCAGCAGCACUCAUGCGGCCGGCGAAGUCGCUGGCAAGCGCCUCGACUGCAGUGUUGCUGUCGAGUGAGGGAAAGUACCGAUUGAGCAUUGAGGACAGCCGCUUGAGGGUCAACCCCUUCGGCAUCGUAUGUUGUUGAUUUGCCUCCAGCACGGCUUUGAGAGUGUCGGCGGCCGAGGAGUGCGCGAACACGGCCUUGCGCAUCUGGAUCAUCAAACUGAAACACGAAAAGGAGAGGAAUGGUCUGCCGUAGGUCGAUUCGGAUCUCUCUCUCUCUCUCCUUACUGCCUGAAUGUCGUCAGUCGUCAGAACAAAGCGCUUUUCGGCAGCCAUCACUGUACCAAGGGUCUGGCCGAAUCGGCGCUCCAUGGCCAUCUGGACGCCACGCAGGUGAGAUGAGACAUCGGGGCUAUCGGGCAGGACCACUGUCAGGGCGUUCGCAUCCAUUUCGAGCAGCGACCAGAUGGACGACAGAAUGAAGAUGCCAGCGUCAGCAACGUUGGCAGACGGCACUGAACGGGGGCAGACAUGGAGACACAGAGACACGUAUAACAGAGUAAUGCGGCAUGAUGAGGGCAUUGUGUUGCUUACCGUCUAGAUGGACAAGUACGCUGCGGAUGCUGGGCAUUCGGUCCUUCCAAUCGCCCAAUGUGAUCCCUUCCCUCUCGUCCUCGGCCUUGAUGAACUCAUGGCGGCCCUCAGAUGUGAAGCCCAGACACAGCCGGUUGGGCACCCCGGGGCCUGCGUUGACGAGCGCCUCGCGCACUUGCCCCUCAUCCCCGUACACAAUCAGCAUCUCCAGCAUCGGCAUGUGGGGUCUCAUGGUGGCGACAAGCCGCAUGGCAAGCUCCCCCUUGACAAGUAGCGUCUUAACCCGUUGACCCUUCAGCUUGACGGGCAGCUGACUGGCCUGCCGUCCAUCGUCUGGCAUGAAAGACUCCAGAGUCACCUCUCGGGGCAUCUUGAACUCAUUGAUGCGAUCGAGCAGGCCAAGCACGUCAGUCCCGGUCAUGUGCAUCAGCCGCAGCUUCUCGAGGCGCGCUCCUUUUCCCACCACCGCCUUGGCCACACCCAAUCCAAUACGGCUCUUCACUGUGAGGUUUUUCACGAGGUUGAGUCCCUCAGGCUUGAAGGCGUUCAGUUCCGGGGGCUCAGGGGGCCUGGCGUCGGCUGGCGGGGCCCAGCCAUCGGCACACUCGAUGGAUAUGCUGAAUCCCGUUGAAUGUCUGUCGGUAGAGUUGGCUCGCGUGGACGAUGAAGGCCGCCCAAGCCAUUCGAGGACCAGCUCGUUCAUUCUGGCCUUGUCGCUGUCAUCGGAUGCUCCCUGCGAUCGGUCCAGUUGGUCGGGUGUGAUCGUCCACACGUAGUGGCAUGUCGGACUCCAUUGGACGUCGCCGGCGCUCUUGGUAAAGGGACUGAAGUUUAUGGGGAGGCUCUCUGACUCAACUCGCAGAUUGUACAUCUGCAGCGCAGCAUUGAGGAGGUGGAGGCUGCAGGCGGGCAGCUUGCCGAAGUCGAAGAGAGUGUAAGCCAGCAGCUUGUUCAGGGACAUGGUGAGAGGGAUGUCUCGGUCUUCGGCGGACGAUGAGUGGACAGUAAAGUGCAAUGUAGCCAGUGGCGAGCAGAUGGCGUCGACAAAUUUAGCCAGGACCUUGAAUGUCGCGUAAUCGUUGAGGAGAGUCGAAUGGCAGUCGCUUCGAUGCACCUCUAUUGACAGGAGGUUGAGAGACUUCCAGCAGCCUCGAUCAAUCAAACACUUCUGGAAUCAGAACACAAUCGAGGCAAAGGAUGGCAAUGUCGUGGCCCCUACCCCCCGCUUUCUGUGUCCUUCCAUUCUGUGGCACCUGCAAAUCACGGAUGCCAUCUCUGAUCUCAGUCACUUCGAUGCCGUAGAGCUUGAUGGAGCUGACCAUCCGAAGCUUUGCGAGAGGGCUGCAGUGCAAUCCAGCUGCCCCGCGCUGCUCCAGAGGGAUGCAAUCCAGCAGCUCAGCCAUCUGGGGUGGCGUUAGGCUGGGCACUCUCAUUUUGACAAGGCACCUCGUUGUGGUGAUGAAUGGCUUAACGUGCUCCAUCUCGACCGUGCAUUCAUCUCUCACGCGCUGGAGGGCUGGGAUGGCCCAUCCCCGCCCAUCAAUCAUAGAGCGAGGGUUGACGCCUUUGUGGUUGACACCUUUGACUUCCGUGAGGGCCGGCAAGUUGAUGGAUUGCAAAGGGUCGACAGCAGGAGGCUCAGACCUGAUCUUAUCAAGGCGCCGGAUCUCCUGUAAGCCGAUGUCCCGAACUGGCACCGGUUCGAAGGCCAGUGACUUGAGCGACCCCUCGGACAUUGUGGUAAGCGGACCCUCCUUGUCUCUCGCCAGUUGGCGUCCCAUCACAUGGCCCUCCACAAGUGCGACAACGAUGCCACGGCACCAUCCAGCUGCGGCAUAAUGCAAGCCAGCCUCCAACCCUUCUGCCCCAUCAGGUGUCCGCGGGAAGCGGCGAAUGAGACAUUUGAGGUUGAUCAUCUGCUGGCCGAGCUCGUACGCGGUCUGCGGGGACAUCGUCUCCCAGAAGGUUCUCUGCCGUGUGUGGGUGUAGUCGAUGACGAGCUCGGUGUGGUGCUGCAGCACGAUGCCGCUGAGUGGGGAGGGCAGGGGCGGCUUGAGGCACCAUAAGGGAUUGACAAACGCAUAGAGACCGACGUGCAGCUCUCGAGGCUGCACACCGAGAAAUCACAGACGAAAGAAUUCAACGCGGAGUGAGGCGGAUCCUCCGUUCUCCGUUGUCGAGUCAUGCCCUGUUCACCCGCCCCUCUUACCACUCGGAGGCCGGACCAGCCCUGCAGCCGAAUGGCCUGCAUGCAACAGGCAGCAAGGCCACAAACGCCUCAGGCGAUCUGCUUUGGUGGCAGUGGCACUGGUGGUGGUGUUACCUUGUAGAUGGCCUUUGUGGCUUCGUUGUGCGUCCUUCUUUCAUCAACUGCGUCCAUCUUUCACAGUGUCACCCUGUUGAAGAGCCUCCGCAUCACCACAAGUUGAACAUGACAAGCAAGGAGGAAAGAAAACUGAAGAACAGCAGUAGAACAGCACUUCCCGCCCCCCGCGAGUUGAUCGGCGAGAGGGGGGCGCGAUCUCGUUCAUUCAUUCAUUCCUUCAUGAAGUUUCCCUCCUCUGUCGGGCUGGCGGG